AUGUUUCAAGCAGGUGAUGUCGAGGCCUUGCUGCGAAGCUGCGCCAGAGGCCGGUCUGAAGUGUCGGUGAAGCUCAUCCACACAUACGACGAGUGGGUCGCGCAGAACGGCACCGCAAUGCAGGUUGGUUCUGGCCUGACGAUGAACCACUACAGGGACGCGGUUCAGUUCUUGCGAGAAGGGCUCGGCACCCCGGCGUCGGAGCUGGCGCGGUCGGAGGCGCAGACGCCCAGCGACGGCCGCUGCGGCGACGAGAAAACGCCCCCCGAGGCUGCCAUGGCGCGGGGCAUCUCGGAAACGUCCCCUGCUGGGUGGCACCGGCCCCGCGGCUCUCCGCGCCGUCGCCCUCGGCGUCGAGAAUCGACCUCCUUGGCGGCGCGUCCUCCAGCGACGACGAGCUCGGCCCGGCCUCUGCGGGCAACCCGUUGCCGCACGAGGCCGCGCUGGGCUCUGCCAGCGAGCGGAGGAUCGCUUGAGCUGCGUUUGCCUCCUU